GUAGGCUCCUGCUGCCAUCCAACCAACCACGGAACAGGUGUACAGUAACAUGCUUCUUAUCAUUUGCCAAGACGGUUGAUCGAAUGUUGCGUCAAUGACUGAAGCAUGGCGUCUAUGGCUUCAUGGUCCGGUGGUUCAUGUGACAGAUUAUUCUCAUUUAAGCGGGCCCUAUCAACCUUAUUCACCACAAAAUAAAGAUCGCGCGAUAACAAUCGGUGAUCGUUGGCUGCCAUCAAUACCCUGUCGAAGCCUUGUAGAGGACUCCACUAGCAAAUGCGAUGAGGAUGAUUGGUCUUGUACCGCAUCUCUACCGGAGUAUGAGACAUCAGAAGGAUGGGAUCGUCUUCAGGCAUCUCGAUACCGGCUGGCUAUGAUGCAAAAGAAGUGUAAUGAUGUUGCUUGUAUCAUCCUCAUCAUCUCUGUAAUAAUUCCAACGAAAUCGAUUAUCAUCAGUCCAUCAAUUCAAUGGAUUCGAGUGAUCGGGGCGGGUUUGUCAAAGACUUCUGUCAGUAUCAGCAAUAUCUCGUGUCUUGCUGCCACACUAGGAAAAGGCUCCUCAGAUCUCUCAAAUCAGACUUGCUAGGAAACCACAGACCUUCUAACAUAACACGCUAUCUCACCACAAACAGCUUCCCCGGUUCCACAACCAGGAUAAGUUGCUGUUUAGUCUCGUGUCUCCGUUGGGAUCC